CCUUGCAGCCGCAUCACUCUCUCUCCCCGAUCUCUCUCUCCCUCUCGUCCUCUCUCUGCCAUCACCGGAAAACCCCAUCUCCGGCCACUAUCUUACAAAACCGCCACCACCCUUCGAACCAGCUCCUAAAUCUGACCCAAGCCCGAGCCUCACCACCCACAUGCACCGCCUCCGGCCUCCAUCCGCGACCACCAAAGCAGCGACGCUGCUGCUGCCUUAAUCCCUUGAUUUCCAGCCUUCGAUUCAAACCCUCACUACCAUGAUUCGAAGAAUCAUGUCCUAUAAAGCAGAACCGGAACCUUGGCCUCAAACUCCAACGCCGGAAAACGCCGCACGAGCUCACUGGAAAUCGUAGCUCUGCAUGUCUUCGUUUAACGACCUCCAGUCUAAAUCGAUCAAAACCACCUCCAAGGAUAGAAUCAGCACCUCAUAAUCCUCCAAAUCCCCUAGUUCUGACCUCCAAUUCCGACCAGAGCUGCCACACGCGCUACACGCGCCGCCGCUGGCGCGUCGACCACCGUGGCUCCGCCGUUCAUAAUCACUGGAUCUUCAGGCCUUCUCGAUUAGGUAAUUAUCGUACCCUCCAUCAAUUCACACAUCCAAUUUCGAUUUGGAUUAGAAACCCUAACCCACUGCCAUUUAAUUUGAAAUUGAGGAUUGGAUGGACUUCUGCAUUCUGAGAGAAUUUGGAGAAGAGAGGAGACUGCUGGGUCAAUUUCAAUUGAAACUGGAAAAGGUGUUUACACGACUAUGGGUGGUGGAUUGCAGCAAUUGGAAUUAGCUUUCAGUUUGGAAAAGAAGAAUUGGACCCGAGCGUGUGCACUUGGAUUUGGAUAAAGGAUCGAAAGUCAGGAACGAACCCGAAUGUGGGCAAGCACUCCAAUUCCAGUUCGUCGAGAAGAAGUGUGAAUUAGGCACUGUUGGAAGAUGAAGCACUCACCGUUGCUUUCGUGAAAGUAUCCCAAAAUUCUAUCAAUGGUACAAGUCAAUCGAAAGAUUGUCUUUGGACGUAAGUCCAACAAAAAUUCAUGGAGAUCCAAGUUACUGUUUUGGUAGAAAGGACGUGGGAGAGUUGCAAAUAUCAGUGGCAAAGAUAUAUUUUUCCUCAAAUGAACAAAUGACACUCUUGCAUCAAACGUGCCGAGAGGAGGAACCAAAGUGGAGCCAAUCUUCAAGAUCAAGUCCAUUUCGUCUGACGGAUCCGUUUGUUGGCUGACGUGGCAAACGUUCUGACAGGACUCAGCUCCACGUAAACCAAUUGGACGGUAAAAUGUCGGAAAUGCCCCAACUCGAAUUCAACCCCGUUUUGCCCGACCCCGUAAACCAUUUUCUCCCAAAAAACCCUAAAAAUUCAAAAUCAGUCCUAAAGCACUGCUGCAUCUUAAUCCCGAUAAUCAACUACCAUAAUCUCAUACCUCGUCUCUUGAAUCGAUCAUCAUCGAGUACGAUAGUGAAAAUCUGAGUCGAAUCGAAGGUUUUUGGGGCCAAUAGAUUGAGGUGGCAGUGGCUGGGAUGGCGGACGAUGAUUUGUGGGUUCCUCUAGUUGUAGAAGGCAGCAAGGAUGAAAUCCCACAAUAUUGUACAUCGAAUAAAUGGAGAAGAAAUGAGCUUAAAGGCAGAAGGGAUGCAAAAAUGAGCUGAAAUGAAGAAAUGGAGUAUUCCUAGUCCAACUAGGAAUCCCAGUCAACGCAGGAAUCCUGAUGAGGCUAGGAAACCUGAAAGCAUUAGGAGAUCACAUGGCUUGAAGAUAUUAUGGGAGAUUAAAUCUGAUUUUUGCAUAGGAAAUCAAGGAGAAUAUUAAGGGAGAGUUUCAAGGGAUUGUGCAACAAGAAAAGGCUCAAAACAAGUCCAGAUUCGUUCCUUAAUUCCCUCAAGAUAUGUUGGCUGAAAUUAGAGAAUAAAAUCUGCAAUUUUAAUGUGAAAAUCAAGAGAAAAUCAAGGGGAGGAUGUUAAGGAUAAAGCCAUGGAGAGAUUUAAGGGAGCAAAUAUCUAAAACAAGUCCAGGUUCAUUCCUACUUUCACUCAAGAGUAUUUUGGCUUAAAAUUAAGAGAAAAAUCACAUAAAAUCUUGGGAAAAUCAGCAACAAUAUGUUAGGGAUUGAUUUUGGAGCUUUUUGAUUGGUUGGAUGACAUAGCAGAGCUGACGUGGCAUUAUCUGAUUGGUUAAUGCUGUGUGGAUCAAUCUUGAAGACUUGGAGACUAAGUUGCCAUCCUCCUAUAAAUAGGAGCAUUCUCUACACAAUUCUACACACCAAAACACCACAACACAACACACCUCGCUCCCUCAGAAAAUAAACAUUAGAAAAAUUCUCUCCAUUCUCUAGUCUUCAGAAGCUCUGCAUCUCAACCAAGGAGGAGAAGAAGUCAUGCAAUACAUCAAGAUCCUAUCCACCAUCCAUCCUUGUGUCGUCCCUAGAAGAUUGCUUGCUUUCAAGGAUCUUCAAGUUCUUCGUCUCAAGGAUUGUCAUCCAUCUUUCAUGGUGUACCCUCAAUCCCCGGCUAGAACGAUCCCUACUUAUUCUAUACUGACAACUACAUUUUGCAGGGUUAAAUUGCGCGCUUACUUUUAGCGUCGUCAAGACACAUUGAUGAUAAAGAAGUAUAAUCCCAUGCAUAAGUGCACAAGGAAGUUUAACAACGCCAUGGUGAGGCAGAGAUACUUAACAGCCAAGUUCAAGGAUCAAAUUGCCCUAAAUGAAGACAUAAGACCAGAGAAUUUAGCUAAGACGAUGUCGACAAGCAUUAGGGCAGGAGUUUCAAACAGUAUGGCCUAUAGAGCAAAGAGAGCUGCCUUGUUAGAGGUUGAAGAAUCAAUUAAGGAGCAAUAUGCAAGGCUGGCUGAUUAUGGAAGAGAACUUCAAAGGGUUGAUCCAGCAACCACAGUUGACCUGAAAUGUGAGUUCAAUAACUCAGACAAGGCACCUGUUUUCAAGAGGCUAUACAUUUGCUUGGGAGCUCUGAAGAAUGGUUUUAAGGCUGGCUGUAGAUCAUUGAUUGGAUUGGAUGGAGCUCAUUUGAAGACUUGUUUUGGUGGCCAACUCCUAACUGCUGUAGGUAUUGAUGCUAAUAACACUUCAUGGGUAAUGGCUUAUGCAAUGGUUGAGCUGGAGACAAAAGACUCUUGGAUAUGGUUUUUGGAGUUGUUGUGCAAGGAUUUGAGCUGUGGGAAUAAUGGUAGAGGCUGGAUAUUCAUAAGUGAUAAGCAAAAAGGUUUGAAACCUGCAUUAGAAGAGGUUGUUCCAUCUGCACAGAUCAGGUUUUGUGCAAGGCAUUUGUGGACUAACUUCACCAAGAAGUUUCAUGGAAAAGUUAUGAAGGAUCAGAUGUGGAAGUGUGCAAAGGCAACAACCUUGCCUUAUUUUGAGAAGGAGAUGGAGGAGCUGAAGUCCCUUGACGAGGAUGCUUAUAAAUGGUUGAAAGGGCCCGAGAGGCCCCCUAAACAUUGGUCCAGGGCAUAUUUCCCUGCUGGUUAUGAUUGUGACAUGCUCAUUAACAAUGGUUGUGAGAGUUUCAAUGGAUUGAUCCGAGAUGCAAGGUGUAAGCCACCUGUGACUAUGUUGGAAGAGAUAAGGCUGAAGCUAAUGAGGAGGAUUCAUAAGAGAAGGGAUAAAAUGGAGGCAUACCAUGGAAAUUUAUGCCCCAAAAUAAGGAACAUCAUUGAGAAGAAUAAAGUGAAGGCAGCAGAGGACUGCAUCCCAACAUUCAAUGGUGCCGGCCAAGCUGAGAUUGAGAAUAUUGAAGGCACGAAGAAUGUUGUCGACAUUGGUUUGAGGACAUGCAGUUGCCGAAGAUGGGACCUAACUGGAAUCCCAUGCAAGCAUGCCAUUUGUGCAAUUAAUGGCAUGAGGCAGGAACCAGAUGACUUUGUUGCACCUUGCUAUCUCAAGAAGACAUAUAUGAGAAUUUACAGCAACCCUAUACAGCCUAUUAAUAGCAUGGACAUGUGGUCCAAGGGUGAAGGUCCAAGUAUCCUACCUCCACAAUAUACAAGGCAGCCCGGUAGGCCAAAGACGAAAAGGAUUAAGGAUGCUUCAGAGGUGGUCAUCAAUGGUGCUGGCAAAAUUGGAAGGAUAGAAAGAUCCCUUAAGUGUAGCAAUUGUGGCAAAAAAGGUCACAAUAUGAAAACCUGCCAACGGCAUUUGCCAAGUAAGGGAAAGAAGACUACUGCUGCUAGUGAUAAGAAGAAGAGGCUUAACACUAAUGGAGGAGAAAGUUCCCAAAAUAUGUCAAAGAAAGGGAAGAAAGCACCCAUGACUGCAAAUGAGCUGAGGCAAAAAGCCAAGGAGAGGUUUGAGUAUCAAAGGAAAAAGAUGGCUAACUUGAGGGCAGCAAGGCUUGAUGCAAACAAACAUGCAAGAGGAAGGCCUCCAAAGUCUAGUACUACAAGUACAGGACCAAGGCCUGUACAAGCUACAUCUACCAGCAUCAGUUCAAGGCCUGUACAGCCUUCCAGGGCAUCAAGAGACAAGGCUGCAACACCAACAAGGUCUUCACAAAGGAUCAAGAACAAUUCAGGUAAAGAAAGUGGAAAUUAGUUGUUGAAAUGGAAAUUUAGAUAGCUUGCCCAGCAAAUGAAUUAGACAUCCUCUUGUUUGGGGCAACCUUGUGUUGUGUCACUUGGUUGCUAUCUUUAAUCUUUUGAUAAGAUGAUUAGAGAUAUGUUAGUUUUCUGAACAAUGAUUGAGGAUGUAAUGCUCUAAUUUUGUUUUUUUUUUUUGGGUAAAUUAGAGCGUUGUUAUAGGGCUGAAUAAUGCUGCAAGCACUGUAUUUUUGGGAUCAUUAUGAAUGAAGAAAAGUUACUAGUUUUCUAUGUA